AUGAUAGGAUCAGCAGAUGGGUGUACGACAAAUCCAAGGAAGCCAACGUUCCGUGAUGAAACUUUCUCACCACGAAUGGUGAUAGUUGAUGCGCCCUACGGCUUCGCAAAGGACGUGAAGAUCGGCGUUGGUGGAGACUGUCCUGGUGUUGUAGGUGCGAAGCAGGGACAAUCUCAACGGCGAGUCGUUGGCGUGUCCUUUGGUCCAAACCGCCGCGUCUUGUGCAACCUGACACUGGUCUUAUGA